AACUACGGUUAGAGUUUAUGAGUAAAAAUCUUAUUUUUCAAAAAUCAUCAAGUCAACAAUAUCAUCAUAAAAGAUUUAUACAAAGCAGUGCCGGGGUGUCGACAACUUUUACGUGACAAAGUUUAAAUCGACUAGGACUAUUAUGAUGAGGGACGACAUUGAGGUUACCUUAGUGUCUAGAUCUCUAUCAACUUUGGGAAUUCAUAUAUCAUGUAAAAUUUCCUAUAUAUUUUGAGAAGACAAUGCAAUAUUUACUACUUUCAUACAAUCAAAGAGCAUGAAUGUAUAGCCUCUCUAUGGAUAAAGAAGCCAAAGAUAUUAAUUACAGAAAAGUGCCUCCUUUCACCUCAACUUUAAAAUUUUGUCCUCAUGUUGAGGUCGCAGUAGUUUUCAUUGUGCUAAACAAAUAUACAUUAGGCCACGGUAAGAGAGCAGUGGUUAGAAAAUAUUGGCCUUUUUCUAAUUGUUUAAGGAGUAAUCUGAGACACAAUAAAUACUUGAGCAUUCUGUUUCUCUCAGCAGUGUUUUCAAAUCUAGUCCUUUUCAUAGACACAAUAAAUAAGCCUCUGCUUAUCUAUCUUUUAAAAACUUAAUAUAAUAUGAUAGUUAGUGCCUUGAAAAUUGAAGUUUUUUCAGCUACUUCUGCCUUUGUAGUGAUAUCCUCCCUCCUCCUCUUCUUUCUCCUUUUCUAUCUUUUUGUGGGAAGGUGGGAGAAGGUUUAGUAUGCAUUUAAAAUUGUGGCCAUUAUCUUUAUUUAUUGCUCUGAAAUUUCUAGGAUAAGUAUAAAUGAUUGGAUCAAAUUGCACUAAAAUACAACCAAAAUGCACAUGAAGGGGGAACAGUAUCAGGUAAGAGAUGGCAUCAGGAUCAAUUUUCAUUCCUACAGUUUUAUCCCAAAAGGAUAAGAUGGUAAAAUCAUAUUAAGAGCAUUGUUUUGCUCCAAACCUUUACGAUUCAGCACCAAGAAGAAAAAGACCUACCUAUAACCUCCCUUUAGUGCUAUGAUUGGCUCAAUCUCAGCUAUGAGAUUCAGGGAGCAAGUGGACCAAAAAUACUAGCUCCUGAAUAGGGAUGUGAAAAAGGGCUUUGCUUGCCUUGUCCAUCUUCCCUUUGCUUACAUCACUAGAUUGAAUUGUCUACAAGAGAUUUAUUCUUUCUUUUUUCAUUUCAUAUCAACUUCUCGACAUACUUUAAUGUACCGCGCUUCUUUUCCUAAUCAUUCUACCAUAAUAAUAAUUAUACUUCACAAUAUGUUGCUUUCUCUGAUGUAAGCAAGACAUGCUAUGAAAAUUAUUAUCGCAAACACAAUCAAUUCUCAUGUAUUGAAUCAUGCUUAUAUCACAAACACAUACAUAUAUGGAGUAGCCAUAACGAGAAGGAAGAUACACGGAUAUAGUAGAGUACCUGGACGUUCUCGUGACAUGAAAAAAAAAGCAGCAGUGCCAUAAUAGGAUAUAGACAUGGUCUGCAUGGUAUUCCAGAGAUUCAAGCUCUGAGAAACUUUCUCAAAAUCACUCCAUGUUCCUGAAAGUGGGCCAUUGGAACCUUUUAUGUGCUAUAAAGCACCUUCACCACCAAGCUUCCCACUCUCCUUAAACAUAGGCUUCUUCCCUUCCAAUACCCAAGCAAGCUUUCAACAAUCCCUGAAAAAUGCAGCCUGGUGAAGUCACAGGUCUCCAAUAUCUCAUCCCCUCCAAUUUAUCCGCAUAUGCCAAUAAUUUUCCCAUGACUCAGAACAACCUACCUAUGGUGCAACUUAACCAAUUCUCAAAUCCCUUACAUAAUUUCCAAGGAACUACUCAAAUUCAAGAUUUUAAUCGGCAUCCAUGCUUGAGUAGCUAUUCAACUUCUGAUGAAGCAGAUGAGCAACAACAAAGCCUCAUUAAUGAGAGGAAGCAGAGAAGGAUGAUAUCCAAUAGAGAGUCUGCACGCCGGUCACGUAUGCGCAAGCAGAAGCAUCUGGAUGAGUUAUGGUCUCAAGUAGUUUGGCUUCGGAAUGAGAAUCAUCAGCUUAUCGAUAAGCUGAACCAAGUUUCAGACUGCCAUGACAAGGUUGUUCAAGAAAAUGCUCAACUCAAGGAGCAGACUUCCAAACUCCGUCAAAUGCUCACAGAACUACAGGUCAAUAGUCCUUACCCCAACUUCAGAGAAAUUGAAGACAUUACCCCCAACACGCCAUCUGAGAGCUGAGACUGCACCGGUCUUAUAAUAGAUUGUAUAGAUAAGCCAGGGUGAGGAGGAAAUUUUUUCCAUUUCCAUUCUCCAUUUAUGGUUCUUCUGUCUCCAGUCUUUUCCUCCAUUAAGCCUGUAGCUUCAUGCACGUGAAGAAAAACUGCUACAA